UCCAUUUUUACUUCACUAGGGUUUUCUUGAUCCUCUGUAACACAGCGGCGUUGAAAUGUCACUCUCCCGGUAUCUUUCCCGAAAACCCCUUACCACCCCAAUAUUGGAGAUCCACCAUCUCCGAUCAUUUUCCACCACUGCCGCUCACCCGACGGCGUUCCAUAAGAACCAACACCCACAGAACCACAGCUUCCUGCCGCCAAACGAGUACCUGAACUCGUGGAAGCCCCCGAAGGAUCCCAAGGAGGCAGAAUCCAAGCUCGCCCUUCUUCGCCGCGACUAUGCCAAGAAGGUCAAGGAAGUUCGUAAAGAGUACAUCAAGUAGGUGGAGGUCAUGCGGCUCGAAAAGCUGAGAAAAGCUGAGGCCAAGAAGGAAGCUCUACGGAUCGCCAAUGAGGAGCGGAAGGUUGCUAAAGCGGCUGAGAAGAAGGUGAAGGCUGAAGAGAGAGCGAUUUUUGAAGAACAAUUCCGCCAAAUCCUCCUAAAAGAAAGACAAGAGAAGCUUGAAUAUUGGAAGUUGAGAGAAAAAAAGUUUGAAGAGAAAAAGAAAGAGAAGAUGGAGCUUUUGUGUAAAAAAAGCUUCUUGUGGAUUGAUGAGAAUUUGUUGGAGCCAAAGGCAUUUGUGGGCUCUGUUUGCCCUUCAAUUAGGGAGAUGAAAGAGAUCAAAAGAUAAAGUUUCCCCAGAUCUCUUGUUAUCAAUGUGGAAGAGUAUAUCUAUAAGGGGUUGAUUGUGUUCAUAUAAGGCUUGUUUUAGUUCAUACAACAACUACAUGAGAGUGUCAUUCCACUUCUCUUGCAAUGAGUAGGAGUUUAGCCGUCUAAUAGAGUGUUGGGCAAGUGAAUGUGGAACAUGUAUUUUUGGCCUUUAAGUGCAACUCAAAUCUCUGUGCUAGCGGCUGCAUUGUCCAAUUACCUGUUCUCAAAGUAUUCGAUCAUCAUCUCAGGUAAGUAGCUUUUGAGCAUAAGGAUGAGGUUGAAAUCAAUGUGGACUAGAUACAUGAACUUCACUAUUACAGUACCAAAGAUCAGAUUAAUUUUAGACAACAACCAGAAUCUCCAGUAUUAAUUAACUAAGAUUAGAUGUGCUAGUAGUUUAUACUUUUAUGGAGCUUGAAAGUCGAAAGCGCCACAUAAUGCCCACAUAUGUUACUCUAACCUACUAAAGUCAUGAUCAAAGACUUAAAUUAUCAAACAUAAGGAUGGACUCGGGCUGGGCCGGGUCAUAACAUGCUUUUUUUUUCAGGAUGUUGGACCCGGAACUGGCCCGGGUUGAUACCAGGUCCGGGCCAAACCGGCCCGGGCCCGGUUCUAUGUAAUUUUUUUGGCUUUCUAAUUAAGCCCCCUCCCUCACCCCUAACCCCAACCCCCCUCCCCAAACACCCAGCCCUACCCAAGGAAAAGAAAAAAAAUUGAAAAAACAAAAAAAUUGAACUGGGCCCGGCCUGAACCGCCCGAGCUGGUUCGUGAAAAUCAUGGCUCGAGCCCGGCCCGCCAGAACCGCCCAAACCGGGCUAAACCCCGAAACUAGCCAUCCUGGCCCGGUCUGGUUCGGGCCCGCAUAGUAGCGGACCGGUCUGGUUCCGGGCCGGUUCGUCCCGGUUGGGUCCAUCCCUAAUCAAACAUCAUUUCGCAAUUCAUUGGUCAAUGCCUCAAUACUCUAGUCAAAUUCGCUAUUUCAAUCAGCUAAGUAUAAUCAGUUAACAGUUGAUUGUCAAAUAAGCCAUAUCUUAGUUGUCUAUAUGGUAUAUGUUAUGGUUUUGUAUAAUUUUUUAUGUUGAUGGAGGUUUACAAAUUGUGCUAGUGAUACUCCCUGGUCCCUCCAUUCAUUUAUACGGUAUUUAUAUUAUUCUCUAAUUUCUAUAUGAACUGCAAUCAUUAGUACUAAUGAGCUGUCAUCUGACUCCAUAUGGCUUUUUGCCAAAUGUCAUAUAAAUUAAACAAUGAAUGUAAUAUUGGCUCCUUUAUAGCUAUGUUGUAAAAACCGGACCGGGAAGCGACCCUUCCGAAUGACUGGGUCGCGGGUCAACCCAGACCCGGCGGGUCAACCCGGUGACUAAUUUUGAAGUUUAUUCUGGUUUUUAAACAAUUUCCGUGAAGCGGGUAAUGCGGGUUUGGGCACAUUAACGGGCUGAUGGGCUACCGGACCGGAUUGGGCUCCGGGUGAUCGGGUUCCGGGUCGAGACGCCUGGUCUUGUUCGGGUCUUAAAACAUAGCUUUAUAGCCUUUAUUUUCAUCUUAUUAGUCUUAAUGCUUUACUUUUAAUUGUUAUUAAACAUUGUACUUUCAAUUUUUUGCGUUGACUUAUGAAAUAGUAUGAAUAAAUAAGUUUGGAAUUAUUAGCUGAGUUAUUUUGUUGAAGAAAACUAUUUCAAAUUUUUUCAUAUUACUGUCCUUAAUAUUAUUAACAAAAUAUAUUUUAAAUUUUAUCCAAUUAUCAUUUAGAUACUACAUUCGUCCUGUUGUAAGGUUCUCAUAGCAUUAAUAGCAAAACGGCAUGAUUAUUUAGAAAAUAAUUAAAUAAAGUAUUUCGAGUAUAUUUUAAGAAAUAAUUUUAAUAGAUAUAUAUUAUAAUGUAGUUAGUAUUGACAUAUGUGAUAUUAUAAAUGUAUUAUUUUUAAUAUUUAAUGAUUAAUUUGUCACUUAACAUUGUUAAUUGUUUCCAAUGGAAAGGGAAAAUAGAAACUAAUAAUUCAACCUUUUAGUGGUCUUCUUACAAUAACAUUUGGUUUUAUGCCUGGUCGCUCAACAAGUGAGACCAUUCACCUUCUUCGGCAACUUAUGGAGAAGUACAUAGAUGCUCAUAAGGAUCUGCAUUUGGUGUUCAUUGACAUAGAAAAGGCAUAUGAUAGGGUACCUCGAGAAGUUCUUUGGUCGGCCUUAACUAGAAAAGGCAUAUCACGCAAGUAUAUCAACAUCAUCAUGGAUAUGUAUGAGGAUUGUACUACAAGUGUCCGUACUAGUGUAGGGAAGACUGAAGAGUUCCCUAUUACUAUCGGAGUGCACCAAGGAUCGGCUCUGAGCCCUUUCUUAUUUGUCAUAGUCAUGGAUGAACUUACGAAGUCAAUUCAAGACGAUAUACCGUUGUGCAUGAUGUUUGCCGACGAUAUUGUAUUGAUUGAUGAGACGCAAUCAAGUCUUAAAGCAAAGUUGGAAGUAUGGCGACAAACAUCGGAGAAUAAGGGUUUCAAACUAAGUCGGGGCAAGACAGAGUACAUGGAGUGCAAGUUUGGUGGAGGUAGAAGCAGUGGUAAUAGCGGAAUUACUCUGGAUGGUAAGGAGAUACCGGUUAGUGAUAUGUUCCGUUACUUGGGCUCCAUAAUCCAGAAGGACGGUGAGUUAGAUGGAGAUGUAUCCCGUAGAAUCAGAACAAGGUGGAUGAAGUGGAAGGGUGCGUCAGGAUUUCUAUGCGAUCGAGAUAUGCCGACUAUACUGAAGGGUAAUUUUAUAAGACAACAAUUAGUCCUGCAUUACUAUAUGGCGUAGAGUGUUGGGCGGUGAAACAUUGUCACAUUCAAAAGAUGAGUGUGGCAGAGAUGCGCAUGUUGCGUUGGAUGUGUGGGCAUACUAGGAAAGACCGCGUGAGGAAUGAAACAAUCAGACAAAUGGUGGGAGUAGUACCUAUUGAAGACAAGAUGUGAGAGUCGCGCCUACGGUGGUUUGGUCAUGUGCGUAGAAGACCGAGUGAUGCACCUGUCAGACGAGUUGAGAUGUGUGGAGAAGAGGCAAGGAAGAGAGGAAGAGGAAGACCCAAACAGACGUGGGUUAGGGGAGUUCGAAGUGAUAUGCUUCUUCUGGGGUUGGAUGAGGGCAUUACUUUGGAGAGAGCUAAGUGGAGGGCGGAUAUUCGUGUGGAAGAGGGAUCUUGUAUCAUCUUUUCCCUUCACUUUUUUUUCCUUGUUUUUUAUCCUUAUAUCUCUGUUCAAAUAAUAAAAGCCAUUCUUGAUUAGCUUGGUCCUUUUACCGUCAAAUUUAAGGACGACUACAUUCAGAAUGAACGUGUUUGUUUCACGGCCUUUUACAUUGUUCCAAAAUGUGGAAUCUCCCACCUAGGAGCCCCUCACCCCGACCCGACAGGAUGGUUGAGAGGUUAGUCACGGUGACUCAGUCAACAGAAUGGCAAUAGGCCCAUACACUCGUGCGCACAAGAGACCCAGCCUUAUUUCAGGUUCUGUGACCUCCACCCGGUCGUUGUGGGGAUUCGAACCUUGGUCCAUUGUUCCAAAUCUCCCACCACUCGAUCGAGUUACCCGUGCGGCUAAAAUUUCACGGCCUUUUACAUGUGACACGGUUGUUCAAUUUUUUUUAUGGUAUCAACCCAAAAUCAACCGGUGCCAACCGUCCAUCAAGAUUUCGAGAUUCACUUCCAAAUUUAAGAGAGUCCCUUUCUUCCCCUUCAUCUUAUUCUGCAAAACUAAGAGGUAUUGUCACACCUAAACUUCUAUAUUUGAUAUUGCAUAAGUGAAAAUGCAUAGGGCCUCUGCAAGUACCGGGGACAGAGUCCCACUCUCUAUCUGUCAGAUUGAGAUUAUAGUCCAACUUACAUCCUCCCAACGUACUGUCCGGUCGGGGUUAUCUACUCUCUUUGCUUUAAAUUUCAUCGAAGAUUUUAACAGAGAAUGCUCUACUUUUAAAACAGAGAAUGCUCUACUUUUAGUGGAAGCUUCAAACAAAAUAAUAGAUGUUUUCUUUUGGACUGUUUUCAGUCCAAGAUCAGACCAGAUCAGACUUCCGUAGUUAUAAAAUAAACAGAACCACCAAACAUUUACCACACCAAUUCAGAUCAAAACAGACCAACAAAUUUCACUCCAACGGAAAACAUCCUUACAGUUCAUAUGAAAACAAUCUGUGCCAACAAGCUAACAGGUUUCUUUGCUCGAGAUUCACUGCUAUUUAGUUUCUUUGAGUGUUACUCCAAUGUAAUACCAUUCAUCAACAGUUUUAGAACUUCAACUAACGUGGGUUUGUUGUUAUUUAAAAUACAAAACUUCCUUAAUGCCUACAAAGUGUUUGCUAAAGAACCUCACAGAAUUUCCUGCCAAAUUAAACUAUUAACAUAUCUCACAUCCUUACUUUGUAUUGACAGUCAGUGUGACUGUUGCCAGAUAUAAAAAAUGAACAAUUCCAAAUUAUGAGAAUACAAUUAAAUUAGGUGACUAAAAGAUUAUAAUUAAUAACCCUGUAAGAAGCUUACACAAAAACGGAAGGGUAUUAUUUGAAUAGUUCAUUGACUUAAAAAAACAAAGGAAAUAAUAAAUUAAUGGUUUUUAUUAUGAAAGAAUAAAGUUGAGUGUUUCUCUAAAAAAGACUAAAAAUGCUGUUGGGGAUAACAAACCCAAUAAAAAUUCGUAAAAAACAAAAAUGGCCGGUUGACCAGGAAGUCUACCUUAUUGGUGAAAUCGUAAAAAAUAAGAUUAUGUGAUUAACUGUUGCAAGAACCAGAAUAAAAAAUCAUUAAGAAUCAUAAAAAAAUCAUAAAAAAUCAUAAAAGGUUGGUCAGGAAGUCUACCUUAUUGGUGAAAUAAGAUUAUGUGAUUAAUUGCUGCAAAAACCAGAAUAGAAGAUAAAGCUAAUUGAGUUUGCUACACACUUGAGUGGAUUCUUGGGUUAGUGUACUGAAAUUAACUGAUAUGUUGAACUGUUUUAUUGUCCUGUUGUGAUGAAUUGUUAAACCCUCCACAAUCAAAAUGGUCUCAACUCUUAUAUGGUGUUUUAUUUCACAUUAAAAUAAAAAAACUCGUAACUGAAGUAAAACAAAGUGAGACCUAGGAGUACAAGGUUAUUUGCAUUUUAAACAUCAAUUUUUAUAUGCAGGUCUAAAUCCUAUGUCAAAUGUAUUGCUUUAGGCAUAUUUACAUUUUCUUAAUCACAAUGUUAUUUGCAUUUCAAACUGCAAAUCUUGAAAUGCAAAAAUCUUGAUAUGCAAUUAUGUGGCCUGAAUCCUACGCCAUACAUAUUGUUUCAGGCACAUACAUUUGAGUAUAAUCACAUUGUUAUUUACAUUUUAAACUCCAAACCUUGAUAUGAGUUAUGUAUUGGACAGGUUGAACUCCAUUUUUAUAUUCCUUCAUAGUAGACAAACAUUUCAGGUUUUAGAAUUACAAGAGAAUAUUUUAUUUUUGAGAUAUCAUUUAUUAGUGGGUAAUUAUGUAGAUACAAAACAUUACUAAACAUCAAAGUGCUACUUCUUUCUUUAGAUUAUAUUUAGAUUAAAAUUUGACGGUGUUUGUCGGACGUAAAAUCAUUCAUUUCAAGACAGUCAAAUAUUCUUGUUGAGGCUAAACUUUAUGAAAGAUUGAAAAGUAUCCAAGUUCCCAUCUUUCUAUUGAAGCGUUAUCAUUGGUAGAAUAUCUGAAUGUAUGCACUCAUGAACAUUCCCUACAUUCCUUGCUUUUUAUCCAAAAUAGAAUUAUAAAAGCAAGUAGCAAGAGGAAGUGUUCCCCAGUUCUUUUCUACUCAAGUUACACAACAUAUUUUCAAAUACAAAUAUAUGUGACUAAGUUUACAGAUGACUAUGCAUAUAACAACACAUAAGUACAUUCUGCUUUAUAUCUUCACUGGUUUUAGGUGUGCACACUUGUUUUUUUACACACCAAAUAAUCUCUGCUUCAAGUAGUAAGAAUUUUGACUGGGUCAUUAGGUCAUAAUUGUAAUGUCUUUGAUUUUUUUUAAGUUUAAGUGCAGGUUGUUAUAGUAAUAAUACAUAUGAAGUAUGUGGUGAUUAGUCAUGGUUUAGCAAUUUCACAGAAAUAUAUCGGACAACUUAUUUUAUUGUAGUUUAGAUAAUACUUAAUUUCCCUAUUUUAGCACAAAAUAACUACAAAGGUGAAAAUAUUGCUAUAAUUUUUACCAAGUGUGUUUUUAUUAAUGGUUCUAUGUAUGUUUAACAUGAGAAGUUCCUAUGCAAAUUUCAUUGAAAGGGUUAUUAAUGAAGCAGCGGUCAGUCCAUGCAAUUUUGGACGCGAUUUUCACUAUAGGUCAUCCGGAAACCGUCUCUCUGUUCUUUAGCACAGGGGUAAGACUGCGUACAUUUGACUCCCACUUACCUCACCGUAGGUGGGAGCCUUUGUGGCACUUGGGUAAAUGAAAAUUUACUAUGUUGUAGGCAACAAUCCUUUAUAUUGACAACAAAUUUAAUAUUGUGGAGCAUGGGUUCAUACCCUAUUUCAUUGGAUGCAAUAGAUGUAACAAAAAAGUUAACUCAACUGAGGGACUUGGUUUUCAAUGUAUGGAGUGUGGUUAUAAAGACAACAUUACUAUAAAAAGGUUUGUUUAACUUUAUUUUCAUCCCUUCACUCCAUUGAGUUAUAUCAUUACAUUUAAAUUUAAUUCUGAGAUAUACUGAUCUAUUAGGUUUCGGUUGGUAAUAGAGAUCUCUGAUAAGACUGGCAUGCUUGUAACCACUCUAUCUACCAACGAAGUUCAUAAGUUGUUGAGUUUGAUCAACUUUGACUCUCAUCCUGAUUCUGUCGAUUAUGCUGACUUGAAUGAAAAAGUUAAAGACCUCACUUUCACUGUUGCUGUGAAGACUAUAUUUAAAUGAUUUCAGGUAAAAACAAAGAAAAACAUUUGUGUGCUUUCACUUUCUUCCCCAACAAAACAACCAAAUAAGGAUGUUGGUAAUAACAAUGUGGAGCUUUCAACAUCAAGAGCAAAGUGAAGGCUAAACAUGAAGUUUGAAGCUGCUAACUAAUAAAAACAAAAGGAAAAGACACAAGUGUUAACUAAAUACAUGUUCAGUACAAUGCAAUGUAUAGGUAAAUUAUUUACAUUAUAGUUUAUCUAAUAGACUUAUAUGUAAUCGGUUGUAAUAACAUAAAUACAUCGAAGUCUUGCAAUAUGUAGUAAAGUAGUUAAUUCCCUAUUCUCAAAUGCCGGUAGAUUUUGCUAAAUAGAUUAUAAAUAUGUAUUAGUGUGCCUUUUUAUUAAACUUCUAUAUUUUGCAUUUCACUUCAAACUAUUCAUAAUACAGGUUAUAAAUAAGAUAUAAUGAACUGAAUAUACAUUAUAUACGUCAAAUGGUCACCUAGAAAGAAUACAUAUAACCAAAGAUAAAAUCAUAUCAUUUUUUAUACGCACAACAAAUUAAUACUCAGGUUACUGAUAAAGUAUGUGAGUGAUGUAUUUAUUAGUUGUUGACUCCUACAUUUAGUUUAAAAAUAUUAUACCAAUUGCAAGUCAAUUACUUGGUUUUUUUCCUUUCCUGCAAAUACUUAACUUGUCCUUAGCACCAAAGUGGAUGAGAAAUAUAUGCUUUCAUUUCAUUCUCAUGUUACUAAAUUAUCAACUAUAUUUUCAUUAAACAAAUCAUUAUACAGAUCCUUAUUAAAAACUUAGAUUCAUAUAUCAUUUCAAUUAUUCCAAUUUUAACUAUAGCUGUUUUUUAAUAACACUUAUAUGACUACAUUGGGCACCAUUCGGUAGUGCGAACAUCGCUAGUAUAUAUAUAUAUAUAUAUAUAUAUAUAUAUAUAUAUGAUAGAGUAUAUCUAGAGAGAAGUGAGAGCUAGAGAGAGAAGUGCAAUAAUAUGCUUCAAUAGAAUGAUUUUGUCACCCCUAUAACUACUCCCAAGGGGAGUAUUUAUAGAGAAAAUACGGGCUGGGCUCCCAAGCCUUGGGUUUGGGAGGCUCAUUUACAAUUGGACCGCUACUGGGCCGAAUACAAAGCCACUAAUGGGCUGUACAAAUGAGUAAGUGUAAAAUCUGGUUCUGUGAGGUCUUCGUGGCUGACGAGGGUGUGGCCGACGAGGGCACGGCCGACGAGGGCGCGGCCGACGAGGGCACCCGGGUUCCUUGGACUCAGGACCAUAUUCUGAGUUGGCACCUUUUCGGCCGACGGGGGGUCCCUUGGCCGACGAGGGCACCACUCAGUGUCUUGUGCUUUCUGUUCUUCUGAGUAUGUGGGUCCGGGGGCUCAGACCCAUAUACUCCAUCAGGAGUCCCCCACUCUCUAAGCUGAGACGUAGACGAAGUGAAGGAGAGUAGAUUCCCGUGCUUUGGUGCUUUUGGCCGAUGCGGGCACCCCAAGCCGUCAGCUGUUGCGGCGUUGGCGCUGUUUCCCUUUUGGUGACCUUGUUCUGUGCUUGGCCGUCACCUGCUCCUCGCUGUGGACGGGGAGGCCGUUGUUUUCUUGGUGUGUUCGUUUGGGGACGAUGAGUGUCCUGCUUCGAUGGUGGCCGUUGAAGGCGCGUUUUCCCUUUCUUGGACGUUGGUGGUUGAGAUUUACAUUUGGGCCGAUGAGGCUGUUGAGGUUGAACCUUGCUUCGAGGACGAUGGUGUCCUUUCCUUUGGGUGGCCGGUAAGGGUGCUUGCGCACUCCUUUUGGCCGUCGCUGACUGGCUUUCGUGUCCCUGGCCGAAGAGCCCAUUAUGGUUAACUGUUGGCGGGGGACGAUGAAUGUCCUUGCCUUAGGUGGCCAGUUGGCCGUUGUUGAUGACGUUAUGUGCCUUUGGCCGACGAGGCGCAGUGUGAUACAUGGACGAUGUGGCCAUGCUUUGUGGUUACAUUUGUGUUUGCAUUUUUCCUUUUGUUUUGUUGAGGCCGAUGUAGUCCCCCAGUCCCCCACUGCUUCAGGCCGAUGUAGUCCCCCAGUCCCCCAGUCUCCAACAGCUGCCGAAGAAGAGGAGCUUCACGGAUUUGCCUUCGUCCAUCCAUGGAUGGAAGAGCAAGUUCGUUUUUGUAUCCCUUGGUGAGAACGGCACUGAGUUUCCCUCUCUCGGCCACACCGGGAGGUUCAACCUGCACGACCCACCGAGGAGUUCGAUCUUGGACGCUUAGGUGGAGGCGUUCUUGGAAGGGGGGCCGAGGAGCGUGAAAGACUACAUCACCGAAUAUAAGAUGACCGCCCUCGGCUUCUUAAGAUACUAUGUGUAUGGUGACAAGGAGGACGAUGUCCAACUUUGGCCGAGGAUGACCACUACCUUCGAAGAGGCCGACGGCCCGGAUUUGGGCAUUCCUGCUGAGGCCGAUGAUUUUGUUAUGGAUCGCCGUUCAAUCAUGGCCAUAGCCAAGGCCAAGGCGGCCGAGGAGUUGGCUGCAAAGGCGGCCGAGGCGGCCAGACGUGCCGCAGCCGAGGGGGGCGGGGCUACUGCUAGUGCGGCCCCGAAGCCUGCCCAGUCCAAGAAGAAGAGGCCUCCCACUGACGGCCAGAAGAAAUUGACCGAGGCUGGCCUGAAUGUCACUAAGAAGACGAAGAGGGCACCGUCUCCUUCCCAUGCCGAUGAGGCCGGCACUCUGACCGUCCCAAAUGUGGACGAUAGUGGUCCCGUUGUGGAUCUUACCGCUGCUCCAAGCGAUGCUGCCCAAUCGCUCCCUCUUGUCCAGGAGCCACGAACGAAGAGGGCCGGCGAGGAGAUUGCCGCUGCCACCUACCAGAAAAUGGUGGAAUACCCCGUCGGCGGGGGUGUCUUUGACGAUGGCGUCCUCGGCCAUGAUGUGCUGGCCCAGGCCAUGCCGGCCAAAGAUCGGGCCUACCUCAAGAGGCUCGGGGACGUCAAGGUGUACGAAGGCGGGAUGGACCUCAUCGUCCAAGGUGCCUUCAUGCUCAUGGAGAGCCACAAGAGGCAGCAUCGGGAGAUUGCUCGUCUGAAGGAGCUUGAGCAGAAGGCUGCCUCGGCCGAUGAGGCGGUAGCCUGCUUGGAUCGGCUCCGGGAGGAUGCCAAGGCCUUGCAAAAGAGGGCCGAUGAGGCAGCUGCAGCCAGGGACGAUGCCCUGGCCAAACUUGAGGAGAGCCAGAGGGCGCUUGAGGCUGAACGGCGCAAAAAUGAUGAAGCCGUGAAGGCAAAAACUGAAGUCGAGGCUGCCGCUGUGAAGGCCGCUGAUGAGGCCGUUCAGCAGUUCUUGGCCGAGGGGUGGAAGGCCGACGAGCGGCUCCCCUGGUGUUAUGAAGUGGUGGCUGCCAAGCUUGAAGAUUGGGGAAUGAACUCCCCCGCCGGCCAAGAGUACUUUAGCAGGGAGAUGGCCGUGUACUACAACAUGGGCCAAGAGCGGAUGCAGAGGCUCCUGUGUCGGCGGCUAUCGCGUGCCCUCAAUGCCAUGAACUAUACCUCCGGGUGGGCGAGGCGGAACCUGAAGCUUCCCAAGCUGAUGAAGGAUCCGGAGGAGCAGGCCAAGCUUCCUCUUUCGGAGCGGGAGCCCCCAAUCGAGAGUUCCGGCCUCGGCGAGCCGGAUUAUGACGAGUUUGACUUCCUGGAUGAUGCCACCAGUUCUGCAGCUGCUGUCGACCAGGAGACUGAGGCCGAAGAGGGAACCGAAGAUGCCGAAGAGCAAACCCAGGCUGGGCAUGGAGGCACCCAAGAGUCUUGAUCGGCUACUCCCCGCUCCCUAUCUUGUAAUUAAUUAUCUUCUAUUUUUGCCCAUCUGAUGUAAUGGCCGAAGCGCCCACCAAUGUACAUGAUUGUUUAUGAAUGAACCUUUUGCUGUCC